ACGAGCGGUGUAAGACGACGCUUCUUGAGUAGGGGAUGACAAGGAAGCAAUCUUCCUCGGUCAGAGAGCAGACAAAUCUUGAGAGGAUCAUCGUAUUUAAGAGCUCUGAAGCAACAUGAAGGCCCUGAACUCAUCCGAAGUGAAGGCUCAGGUCAAGACCGUCAUCGAUGACCUUGAGAAUGUCCUUGGCGAGCUGCGGGAGGUGGUGACAGAACUGCGGGGCAUUGUGGACCAGAUCGACACCAUCACGGCUCGGCUUGACAUCGAUGGGGAGGGAGACACGCAGGCGCAGGUGAACAAUCCUUCUCCGAGCGCGCGGGAGCCGCCCAACGGUCGAGUGACGUCACCACACCACUUUGAACUUGGACAGACAGAACAUGCCGACCGCAGGGGGCAAACGCCGGGAGGCCCGACACACAGCCAAAAUCUCCCCAACGGCGACUUGACUGUACAAGAGCGCCAGAACAUCCAGGCAUCUGCCGUUCCAAACCAUUCUCCCCAUCCCGUAAGCACACACCCACUUUUACAGACUAACGCAGUUCACCAAACCCAACACGGAAGCCUUGUCAGGCGUCACCGGGUAGGGGAGGACCAUGUCAUCUCUCCGUCGGUCGUGAGAGCGCUGACGCUGGGCAGAGGCAUUCCGAACGGGCACGUGAACACGUACCAGCGAGGUUUCAGUGUGGACCAAGCCCUUAGUCAGCGGGAUGGACAGACUCACGCAUCCACGCUUCCAAGGCAAAACCUCGGGCCCGGCGCUGUCGUGUCGCUCAAUGGUGAUAUGAGCGUGUCUCCGACGCGGUUUGGCACAUUCAGGGACGGGUACAGCACCACCGGCGGUCAGCCACAGAGAAAGACAAAGCCCGCUCCUCCCCAGCGAAGAAGCGCAACACUCGGCGACUACGGCGACUACAUGACUUUACCGAGUCGGGCAUCAGGAGAAAGUAGUAGACAGGCUUGUAAAGAAGCCUUUCGCAGUGCAAAAUCUCAGAAUCUGGGACGGGAAUUCGAAAGAAGACGAGAGCGAUGCGACCCAGUGCCUGGGAGCGCUCUGAGAACUCAUAGCACCAGCAGUGCACCAAGUACCAAAAAGGAAAAGAGGGUGGAGUUCAGGACAGACGACGUCGAUGGGUCAGGCAGAGCAGAGCUGACGCGACAACACAGUCUAAAACAGAGGGAUUACGAGGCCAUACAGAGAGAGCGUUACGCUGGUGGAAGGGAGACGGCGGUCAGACGAGAGAACCCCCGCACCAGGUGGCAGACAUGCCCGCGGCCCAUGUCCGUUCCGACGAGCUGGGUACAAGACGAAGAGGGGAGCUGGCACAGAAUCGCUCAGAACUCCCUAGCCAGCGACUAUGGCAGCCUGGAAAGUUUCCGCUCAGGUGGAAACUACAGUAGUAUGGAAAGUUUCCGUUCCGAGUCACCUGGCGUGGCCACUAUGGUGAUGGAUGGCAGGCGGCCUGGCACCGCCCCGGGUAGAGAAGCUGCCCCGCCCGGGCCCGCUGCAGGGGAGGGAACCUCUGUAGGAGAUCCCGCUGCGACAUACGCCACCAUCAACAGACAGACGAGAUCGUAUUCAACCGGCGCCUCUCCAAGUAAAGGUCAACCACGACAGGGGGGCAAGGGAAAAGAUAUUCUGAUGACAGAGCUGUGAUAUGACACACGGAGAACGCACUUUCA